AAUGAAAUUUCCAAUUAAUUCUAAUAUUCUAAUUACUGGUGACAGUGGUAAGGGUAAGACGUCAUUAUUAAGAUGCGUAGCCGGAUUAUGGAAUCUUAGGUACGGUUUUUUAAGAUGUAAAUAUGACUGUGGACACAGAGGAAUGCUCUUCCUACCUCAAAAACCUUUCUUUACUGAAGGAUCAUUAAGAGAUCAGAUUAUUUAUCCUAUUGCUAGGAAAUUAAGCCAAAUUGACAAAGAUAUUUUAUAUUAUUUGGAAAAGUUAGAUUUAAAUAAUUUACUGGAAAAAUGUAACGGAUUAGAUAGUAAUAUGCAACAAAGCGACUGGUACGACAUUCUAUCUCCAGGAGAAGGCCAAAGACUGAGCUUUGUUAGGUUGUUUUUUCAUAAACCUCCAAUAGCUCUCUUAGACGAAGCUACCUCACAAAUCGGGGAAGAAGCUGAACGGGUAAUCUAUAAACUAUGUAGAGAAAAAGAAAUAAAUUUCAUCAGCGUAGGACAUAGAAAAUCAUUAUACGAAUUUCACGAUAUUAGAUUUCACAUCGAAAAGAAUGGAGAAAUUAUCAGAAAAGAACUUUUUGAUGUCUAA